AUGUGGCGGUUGACUCGCGGAUGUUGCGCCACCAUUUUUGGCUCUAAAAUCUCAGCCAAAGUUGGCAGCACAGAUUCUAAGACCCAGCUGCAAACGUGGCUGGGCAACAUGGCUUGCACAAAGAAGGGCAAACUGGACUCCAUCGAGACCAUCGUAAGUCAAAAGAAGGGGCAAGUCGGAGGAAAGCUGCAGGAGAAGUUCAAGGUCCCGGAACGCUGCAGCUCCACAAAAAAAAACACACACACUCAUGAGUUUUGCUGGGCAGAUGUGGUCUCCGGUUUUCAUGAAGCCUGCACAGACUACAAGCGAGACCGAGUAGGCCCUCACGAGGUGCCAGUGGAAAUUACUCUCGGUCGCGCCCUGGCGUUGGAUGACCCAAUUGGCCAGGUCUAUGGAGGUGAAGCUCACCACUUUCCGCUGAAACAUCCAAACUACGCCUUCAUCGGUGCUCGCCAUCAACUUCGACGAGUACACCUUGCACUCUAUAAGAAGUACAAGUACCUUGAUUAUGACAAGGAUCUGACCAUCUUCUCUUCAAAUUUGUUGUCCAUGACGGAGUCGGAGAUGAAGACCUAUGCAUUGCUGAUCCGCAUGUUAGAGAAGUUCUAUUGGAAGCGCUUGCUGCGGCCCGAGGUUGACGACGAAACUCAUGGGCAGCAACGCAGUCAGGAGCAGGCCCGUCAGGUGCUGAGGAGCUACCGGCAUUUUUGCCCAGUCACCUUUGCCGCCCUGAGACAACGAGGCUUUGAGGAAAGUCUCUUGAAGAUCGUAGAUCAGUGGUUGCGGAGUUUCUUCUGCUUUGGUUGGGAUCCCCAGCCGCAGCACAUGGGAAACUUUCAGAGACUCAUUCGGAUUCUCUUCAAGGUGAAAGUGGACGAGAGUGACCCUUUUCGAGAUCUGCGGCGGCUUUGCGUGUGCCUGCUGAUGCAAAACUCGGACAAGCUCUUGGAGGCCUGCGAUCAACGGGCAAGCACCAGGGACUUGGAGGCGAUCGCCAAGCGAGUAGUGCUGGGCCGCAGCUUUUUCCAGGUGUGGGCGGAGAUGAACUGCAGUGAUAUGGGGUUUGGCACUGAAGGCUUGGUGGCCUUCCUGCCCCUGGGGGUCGCCGGCGGUUGGUGA